AUGCCUGAAGAGGGACACACUGUCACAUGUUUGAGCGUUCAGCGUGUCGCUCUCGCCCUCGCCUCGCCCUACCAUACCGCCAUGAUUGCACUGAGGCGCCUAUUCUGCUGCUCCAGCCACCUCCCUAGCUCGCCGAACGUUCUUGGAACGCUGUCCAAUGAGGGGCCGGAGUCCGAUGGCGUGACGGACUCCGUCGGGACCAUGGAAGAUGAUCCGAUCUCAUCUUCGUCUUCGGAAAAGGACGUGAGGGGACUGGAUCUACAGGAAGUAAGCUCCCGCUCUGUGUGGCCCUCGCAAGUCACGCAAAUGUACACACUGCAUCUGAAACGGGCAGCCCGUGCCACCGUCCUGCGCCGCUCCCGGAAGUACGCCUGGAUCCUGGACGUCUCACACCCUUCGCAACCGGGAAUAAGACGGAGCUUAGGCCAACUUGGCUAUCGACGCACUUCGCAGCAUAGCGUAGGCUUCUUUGGGCAGUAUCCCCGCAGUGGGAGUAGCAUGGGUCUUACCCCCUCUCACUUUGCAGAUACGUUUUGUGGAUUUUCCGCUACGCGCGGACGAAGUCGAACGACGACUUGGAGCCAUGUAUAUGUCCAAGAGAUUGCCGCAGAGCAGCUCGGGGGGGAGUGGAAAGCAGGGGUCGCACGGAGCUGCGGUAAGAAGGCGGAGACAUUUUGGACCUCAUGA